GCAGAGCAUCGCAGAGCGCAGACAAGCACAAAGCCGAGUUGCAGUUGAGUCGAGUUCCUUCUGUAUGUACACAAGCGAUUUUGUUGAAUCAGCUGUUUGCGGAGACUCGUUGACAUAUCAGAAAUAUUCGUAACAAGCAUUUCGCGUGACUUGAGUCGUCUGUCAAUUUCGAGUGGCUGAAAUGAACGAGACUAAUGAGUUGCCACCAGGGACAGCGUCGCUGCUCGAGGAACUCGAGAAAAAACUUAUGGUUUUAUUAAGAGAUGGCAGAACUUUAAUUGGCUAUCUUAAAAGUGUCGAUCAGUUUGCUAACAUAGUGCUACAGAGUACUAUUGAAAGAAUUCACGUUGGUCAAGAAUAUGGUGACAUUCCACGUGGUAUCUUUAUAGUAAGAGGGGAAAAUGUUGUACUUUUAGGAGAAAUAGAUAUAGAAAAGGAAAAAGUGUUGCCAUUAAAGAAGGUGACAGUGGAUGAAAUUUUGGAUGCUCAGAGACGAGAACAAGAAUCAAAGCAGGAGCAGAAAAAACGAAUAAACAAAGCUCUGAAGGAACGGGGCUUCGCGUUUAUACCAGAUUUAAGUCAUGAUGAUAUGUAUUGACGCACAAAGUGUAUAUAUUCCCUUUUGUAUGAAUUUUAUCCAAUUAAUUUACAUUAAUUAAAUAUAAAUGAGAUUCACAUUAA